CCUGGCGCACCCAAACAUAGCACGCCAAACUCGGUGGCCGAAAAGUACACCUCCCCCCGAGAUACUCUCCAUCGACCCCCCGCUUCAACACCCGAGCCGAUCUGAGCGUAGAGCCAGUCACGUGGAGCCUGCGUUGCGUCUCACGGACGGCCAUAGCUGGAGAAUCCACUAGGUUUUCCUGGUAACAUGCACUUUGCAAAGUCCCCGUGCGUUUUUCCGAGAUCACCCGCCCCUCCUCUCCACGCCAAUCCCGGCCUCUGUAUGGCAUCCACUUCGCAUCGGGACUUUGUACAAACUCCCAAGAGAUGUUCUCGGCCGCACGCGACACACCGACGCAGUUACUCUCGGGCGCUGUUCAUGAGGGCAGGCGGUGGUGGGAGAAGGAGGCCUUCCGCACGCGGGAGCGCAAUAAGCUCGGAUUGGGUUGAGCUGGAAGGAGAUUCUAUUGUCGGAGAGGCGACAGCUAACAUGCGGCUUGCUGAUGCCGGUGAUGGGGCAGAGGAUAGUGACGUCCCUAACACUGUUGACUACAAUGGCGAGACGCUGACGUUUGGCGACUACCGCCGCCCUUCGCUGCUUGAGUCCUGCGUUUUGGCCCUGGCGGCCGUUGGUCCGGUGGGGUGGAAGACUCUCUCGACGUUUCGGAAAUCGCGUCGAACGUGGGCUAAGGUUGCGGUGGCCAUAGUCGCUCCGGCAGUUGCCUGGGUUGUGCGAUCCGUCCUCGGCUAUCUCUACAGGGAGAUCGUCCUUCAGCCGAAGCUGAGAUCUCCGGAGAGCGUGGCCUUCCCCAACAGCCGCUUCGAAGACGUGGGCGGGCUCAAGGUCCACUACCUGCGGGAAAACCCUACCAGCGUCGAUGGGACGCCCGUGCCGGCGCGGCGUGUCCUCCACAUGAACCACGGCUUCGGGGCGUCGUCGUCCUCCUGGUCCCCCGUGAUUCGGAGACUCUCCCGCGACCUCGGCGCCUUGGCCAUCGCGCACGAUACCCCCGGGUUCGGGCUGACUGGUCGUGUCGGUCUGUUGGAGGCGAACCGGUACUCUCUUCGGAGCAACGCAGCCAUCACGGGCAACCUCGUGCAGAAUGGCUUGGAAGAGCUGGGAGAGUCCACGGCAAGCGAGGGGAGGUGCGUGCUGAUGGGCCACUCCAUGGGCUGCAUCACGGCGGCUACGACGGCCCUCGACCCGUCUCUGCCGCCUCACCACACGACCCUGGUCCUAGUCGCGCCUGCCCUCUCUCUGCCCAGAAAGAUCACAGCCGAGCAGCGGCGCGCCUCCGCGCGACGAGAAGCAGUGGCGGCGGCAGCGGCGAACGCUCCAGUAGCAAGCGGCAGCACAGAAUCGGCGCAAGCAGAAGCUGCGGCGGCGUGCUCGGAAGAUGAGCUCCUGCGCGGUGGAGGCGGCAGAACGGACGCGGGUUCAUCUGCGAGAGGCCGGGUGGGAGCGGUGGUCGGGGCGCCGGCUAGUGCCGCCCAGGCGGUGCUGCACGCUGGGGUGUGGCUGUUCAACUGGUGCCUGCUGCCGAUGAUCUACCCGCUCGAGAUUCUGGGGCUCAGGACGCUAGCUUACAGCGGAAACUUCUGGCGGGGGGCGCUCCGAAAAGCCUGGGUCGACCAAGCGGGGGUGGACUUGGACGUGGUCAACCGCUACCGGUGGCCCACACUCGUGCGGUACUGGGACAGGGGCUUCGCCUUGUUUCUUCUCGAUCGCUUGCAGAUCGGCGCAGGUGGAAGGGCGGGGCCGUCUGGGUUGGUGGAAGCGGUGGCUGCUAAGGCUGCGCAGGGCAUGAAGGUCAUCGUCAUUCAAGGCGACAAGGACACGCUCGUCAGCUCCAAGAAGGCCAAGGCCAUCACUGAUGCUAUCCCGGGAGCUACGCUUUUGCUGUUGCCGGAGUGCGGGCACGUGCCUCACGAGGAGAGGCCGGACGACUUCCUGCGGCUCGUCCUCGAACAGAUCAGCCCAGGCGAUGGUGGUGGGGGUGAUGGUAAUACCGAUUCAUGAUGAGGCUGUCGCAGACACAGCAGCAGCCUUUGUUCCGGAUGAUGAUCUGCCCGUUGUUGGUUCUUGGCAGGAGGAGAGGAUUCCUUCUUACGGUUCUGUCGACUGGUUUACCGUUAGCCGGGCGACUGUGAGUGUGCGUGUGCGUCUGUGUGUUUUUUCGGGGAGGAGCGGGCGCGUUGGAAAAUAUUGUUCUUUUGUAUAUGUUGAAAUGCAUUUUUUGUAGGUAUUGAGUGCCGAAGGGGGUCAAAUCUGCGUUGAGAUACAUCGUAAUCAGGUGGAGAAUGCAGCGCAGAGUGAAGAACUUCCUCCUUGCUACUCUCCAGGUUGACGGCGAAUAGAGGGAACUGUUGAUAGUUAUGGGCAAUGUCCCGCGUUUUGGGGGUUUACGCAUCGUGCUUUCCCAGCGUGUCAGCUUGCAGCAGCCUCAUGUACAACAGGGUUACGGUUGUGUUAAAUGCAUUGCUCGGUGUGCGUUAGUUGGUCGGGUGUGACUGGUGGUGGGAUGCUUUCCGAACGACUACCCAGAUGAUAUCGAAGUACCUAGCAUCCCCCUACAGUACUUGAGGUGGGUAGCAUUCCCCUUGCAAACACCUGGAGGUGGGUACA